AUGAUGGAUUACGAAUUUAAGAUGAAAACACAAAAAGAUAGAACUAAAGUGGAAGAUUUGUUUGAAUUUGAAGGCUGUAAAGUUGGACGAGGAACUUAUGGUCACGUCUAUAAAGCUCGGCGAAAAGAGGGAGUUUCAGAUAGUGAAUUCAAAUCGAGGCCAGACACUAAGGAUUUUGGUCUUAAACAAAUAGAAGGCACUGGUUUGUCUAUGUCAGCAUGUAGAGAAAUAGCAUUACUCAGGGAACUUAAGCAUAUCAAUGUUAUUACACUCAUCAGGGUAUUUCUUUCUCACAAUGACCGAAAAGUUUCUCUAUUAUUUGACUUUGCUGAACAUGAUUUAUGGCAUAUAAUUAAAUUUCAUAGAGCUGCAAAAGCUAACAAGAAGCCAGUAAUGGUGCCAAAAGGCAUGGUUAAAUCUUUAUUAUAUCAAAUAUUAAAUGGUAUUCAUUAUUUACAUUCCAACUGGGUUCUUCAUAGAGACUUGAAACCAGCUAAUAUUUUAGUUAUGGGUGAAGGAAAUGAGAGAGGUCGUGUAAAAAUAGCGGAUAUGGGUUUUGCACGGUUAUUCAAUGCACCUUUAAAACCACUAGCUGACCUCGAUCCAGUUGUAGUUACUUUUUGGUAUCGAGCACCAGAGUUAUUGUUGGGAGCGAGGCAUUAUACAAAGGCUAUUGAUAUUUGGGCUAUUGGAUGUAUAUUUGCUGAGUUGCUAACUUCCGAACCAAUCUUUCAUUGUAGACAAGAAGACAUUAAAACUAGUAAUCCUUAUCAUCAUGAUCAAUUAGACCGUAUUUUUAAUGUAAUGGGAUUCCCAUUAGAAAAAGAUUGGGAAGAUAUUAAAAAAAUGCCGGAACAUCCAACGUUACUAAAGGAUUUUAAACGCUCGAAUUAUGCAAAUUGUUCAUUAACAAAAUAUAUGGAUCGACAUAAAAUUAAACCUGAUAGUAAAGCGUUCAGUUUAUUACAAAAAUUACUCAUGAUGGAUCCAAAUAAACGGAUAACAUCAGAACAUUCUAUGCAAGACGCCUACUUCCAAGAAGAACCACUGCCAACACAAGAUAUUUUCGCUGGAUGUCCAAUCCCAUAUCCAAAAAGAGAAUUCUUAACAGAUGAUGAUACUGAGGAAAAGACUGAAAAUAAAGCUCGUCAGAAUCAGCAGCAAACGCAGCCCAAUCAACAACAGCAGGGAAACAGCGAGCAUAAUCAUGGACCAAAUCCAAAACGAGUGAGACUGAAUGGCCCUCAUGGCGCUCCUGAGUUCCACCAACAUCAAAGUCAUGCUAUGACUCAUCAACAGCCACCUGGAAUGGUGUACUCAACUGCCCAGCCAACUCAGCCUGCUAACUUUCAUCAACGCUACUAGUCGACCCCUCUAGCCUGCCGGUCGUUCUAAUAAUUUUUUUCAUCAGUAUGAAAUUUAUUAAUUACCGACCAAAUUCAACAUGUUAGCCUUGUAUAUUCCUUCAAUUAUGAUAAUGCAAUGCUAUUUAUACAUUAA